AUGGCCAACACCAAGAAGACAAAAAAAGAUAAGGCGAAGGGUGGUCAACAUGCAGGGUUGAUGAUGGUGAAGAACAAGGUCAUGGCAGCGGCAGUACAAGCUCCCACGAAGCUCAACCUUAAACACGCACUACCACCGCUUCCCCUGCCUUUGUCAAAAAAAGCGAAACACACACCGAAAAAACCAGCACUUAGAUCAACAUGGAUUGAAGAUGCCACCCUACCAACCUUCAACGAUAACGAUGAAGCUGACUCGUUCGAGUCUCCUCCUGGUACUGUUCAUCAACGCUCACCCUCCAUCGUAUCGUGUACAAGCAGCUUUCUGUCUGGAUAUCAUAGCAGACCACCUACCAGCGAAAGUGGUGUGUCAACACGGGUGCCAUCAGAAACUGGUGACAUAACGGAAGAAGCUGGGGUUAUUAAUGAGGGUGGAGUGUUGUCAGACAAGGAUAGUGGACUGAUGGAGUAUUCAAGGCUGAAUGACCUUCCAACGAUCCAAGAAAGUAAUUCUACACUCAAAUCAAAGGUCAAAAGUAUGGCCAAAAUCAAUAUUAUGGUAACAGGUCCCAAUCUUCCUGUACACCGCACAAGGGUCACCAGUGGCUUUGAGACAAAAUUUGGCGUCAAGCACAACAAAAUCACUGUGAAGCAUCUGGACAACAAGUUGCAGGAGCUUUUUGCCAAAAUUUACACUCCGUAUAUCCGCCAUUGUGUUGGCAUCGGACUCACCAGACCAUGGGACAACCUCAGUGAGGCUGAUCUGAUCACGACCUGGAACAGUUUCUUGCUCAAAGCUGGAAACCCGGAACUUACAGAAUUCCAGAGGGAGGUGGUAUUAAAACUGACAAACGAUCGCCUUGGUGAAUGGCGUAAUUCUUUCACAACGGCAGCUAUCACCACUCUCGACACUAUCCUUUCCGCUGUACCGACCAAUUGGGAGCCUGAACUUUCUGACACUGAGCGCCGAUCUGCAUAUGCUCAAUGGCUUGGAGAAGGUGAAGACCAUGAGCGGAACUUCUAUUAUCGUGAGAUUUCACUGGACGAACAGGAUGAGGAUCAGCUGCUUAAGAAAGGCAUAUUUCAAUCACAGUUGAUGUCUGUGACCCUCGCCACACACCUGACCGCAAUCUCUUCCCUCCAGGACACGCCUUAUAUUGACUCCAAGUUACCGCCGAAGGGUGCUCUUGUUCUCUGUGUUCAAGCGUGCAAACGAGCCUUAGCCAUGUUUGACACUGGAGUAAAGGUGGUACCGACUGGGAUCGCGGGUCAUUUCUCAAGGGCCAACUGGAUGGAUCAAGAUCAAUACGUCGACGGAGGCCAGGUUAUUAAGGAUCAGAGUCAUACCUCACUUUUACAGAGUAUUGUCGGUGACAUCACCAUGAACCAGUGGAAGGCGAUACUCAAAGCUGGCAGCGCAGUGAUGAAACAAAAACCAACAGCUGGUAAAGCCGAGUCUACUAAUCAGCUUGUCAAAUCGCCUCCCCGCAAGAAGGUGGUUGACCACAAUACUUACAGUGACGACUCUGAAUGA